UUUUUUAGGUUGUACCCAAGGCCAGGAGUUAAAUCCAGGAUGUCCGAGUUGGAAUGGGUGCAUUUGGAAGAGUACAACGAAACGGACAACCACACCAUCGAUUGUACGAUCGUCGGCCCGGAAGGGCUCCUGUCCAGCGGGUAUUUCCAGACGGCCGUUUACUGUCUUUACAUCGUGAUUUUUGUGAUAGCACUGUGCGGAAACGGGCUCGUCUGUUAUGUCGUACAAAGCAGCCCGCGGAUGAGGACGGUAACGAAUUUCUUCAUCGGUAACCUCGCGGUCGGUGACAUAUUCAUGGCGUUGUUGUGCGUGCCGUUUUCCUGCGUACCUAACCUUUUGCAGUACUGGCCGUUCGGUCUACAGUUCUGCAGGCUCGUGAGCUACAGCCAAGCUGUAUCUGUAUUGGUAUCUGCGUAUACACUUGUAGCCAUCAGUGUCGACAGAUAUAUGGCGAUACUUUGGCCGCUCAAACCAAGGAUGUCCAAAUCAAUGGCGAAACUGAUCAUACUGACAGUUUGGCUGAUCGCCGUCGCCACAGCACUGCCUAUAUCUUAUGUGACCAAAUUGAAAAAACCGUUAAAUUCCCCAUGGCACGAAGAGUGUGACAGGUAUGUCUGUGCUGAAGUGUGGAAUUCGAACGACGCUCGCCAUCUCUACUCGUAUUCACUGCUGAGCCUCCAGUACGUAGUUCCGCUUCUGGUGCUCCUCUACACCUACACCAGCAUAGCUGUUGUAGUUUGGGGUAAAUCAACGCCCGGCGAGGCCGAGACAUCGAGAGAUAUGAGAAUGGCCAAAUCAAAAAGAAAGAUGAUUAUAAUGAUGGUGACAGUGGUCGUUGUUUUCACUAUUUGCUGGCUGCCUUUCAACAUUUUAUUGUUGGUUUGGGAAGCAAAUCCAAACAUUGAGCUUUGGCAGGGUCUUCCAUUUCUUUAUUUUGCCCUUCACUGGCUUGCAAUGUCGCACGCCUGCUACAACCCGCUCAUUUACUGCUGGCUGAACGCCAGGUUUCGGUCUGCGUUUUGCUUGACACUGAAGAAACUAUCAUGCAAAAGAAAACCGCCACCCGACCAGCUCUUGCACCGAAUUAACACUUGCACGACAUACAUCAGCAUGCAUCGAGCCAAACACCGGAGUAAAAGUAGCUGCCUAGAACAACAAAUUUAAAAAAAUCCUUUUUAUUUCCAAUGUAUCAAAAAAAACUUGUACAUAUUUGUAAACAUAUUUUCAUUUUUGAUAUAGAAACAUCAAUUUAGAAACAGUCAGUUGCUAUUUCUUUCUUUAAAAAAAAUCUAUUCAUCAGUAAUGGCUGUGAUAGUACAUUAGAAUAGAUUUUGUGUACAAAUAUUAAACAUAAUUUAAUACAAUGUGAAUCUAGGUGGUCUGUGGUUGUUGACAAACCAAUCUAGCAUUAAAAAAAUAGUUUCACCAUUCAUUUUCUACCUG